AUUUUUUUUUUCUUUCUUUUCUUCAGUUUCCAAUACUGGAUGCUAAACCCAAAAAUAGAACAGAAAAGUUCCUCUGACCCGGCCCUCCCUCCUUUGCAGCGGGGCAGCAGCCGUGUUUCGCAGGGGAGGUGUGUUGUGCCUUGGCCACUCAAGGCCACUGCUUUUAAAAGGGAGCCGUGGGUCCUGCUGCACACAGAGGUGCAUCGGGCGGCUCGGCGGCUGCUCUGGGUGCAGUGGAACAAGGAGGAUGAAGGCGAUUCUCGGGGUGCUGCUUCCAUACCUGGUGCUGCUGCUGCUCCGCUCCGCAGCUCUGCCGAGAAAAGGGAGCCAUGGAGCAGAAGCUGUGCUGGGGCAGAGCCUCUCAGAGGAGGUGGAACUUGGAGCAAAGAAGGAAAAUGUGAGCAGAGCGCGACCCGGCUCGGCGGUGAGACUGAAGAUGGCUGCGGCUUCUCGCCUCCUCCCUGAGCCUGCAGCAAGCUGCACACAGGCCGACGGCUCCAGCUUGCAGCCCUGGCCCCUGGGGGGGCUGGAGGGCCCUGUGUGCCGCCUGAAGAUGGACCGCAGUGAGGUCCACCCAUCCCACGUCGAGGUGGUGGGGGUCCUCACCCGCUACGAAAGCACCUUCAUCAAGGUGCUGCGCGCCGGCUGGAAGCACCGCAGCCCCGAGACCUUUGGGCUGUGCCGGGGUGGAGAUGCACAAAGCGUGCUCCGAGCGCUGCAGCAGCUCCAGGAGCACCUGGCAGGGCCGGGGCUGCAGAGAUUCCUUGUCCUGCAUCUGGAGGAAGUGAAAUGGGAAGCACAGGCCAGGCUCUGGUUCAGGCUGCCGUUCCAUGUGGAGGUGGGGCAGGUGCUGGGAGAGCUGCAGGUCGCUCUGCUGCUGUUCUACCCGGGCAGCCCCACAGGGAGAGGGGCUGAGGGCCACCAGGAGCUGCUGGUGGAGGGCAUGGGGCUGACACAGGAGCAGAGCCUUUGCUUCACUAGGGAUACCCAGUACCUGCUCCUCAGAGCCUCGGUGGCUGCUGUGACCAGCAGCAGCAAGGAGCUGAGCUUCCAGGUGUCCCUGACCAUCAGGCACCGCGGGGAUGGAGGUGCUCCUCUGUCCCUCAUGGAGACCCAGCAGCUCCUCUUUGGCUCGGAUGAGAAGUGUUUCACCAGGAUGACGCCGGUGCUGCUCCUGCUGGCUGGGUCAACACCUGAGGAUGACGCUGCAGCCCCUUCCUCCUAUCUCUCUGCCAGUGGGGUGGUGGAUGUGGCUCCCUACCCACAGCUCAGCCCACCCCAUCCCGGCACCGCAGAGCUGCUGCCCUCCACCACCGCCACCCCAGCCAACACCACAUCCCCAACGGCAGGGGACAGCGGGCAGUUCCUGGGUGUGCUGACCCUCUUCAUCCGCCGGGUGCUGAGCCCCCGCAGCGAGCCGCCCACCCAGCCCAGCUCCCAGCACUGGUUGGACUUCCAGAUGAUGGAGACGCUCCCGCACCAACUGCUCAACCUGUCGGAGACGGCCGCCCUGGAGCGCCUGGUGCAGUCAGAGGAGCCCUCGGUGCUGCUUUUCCCCCAGGAAGGCGGCGUGGGGCUGGAGCAGCAUUUUGGGGACUGGCAGCCGGAGGGGACGGUGCUGCAGCUGCUGAUGGGCAAACUGCAGGCUGUGAUCCAUGAGCUGAGGGACAUCCCGGAAUUCCAAGCCAACACGGGGCUCUUCCAGCACCUCCUGAGCUUCUGCUACCAACCUGCAGGGCCGGCUGCGGGCGGGCAGCCCCCAGGUUCAGGGAAGCUGCACGCAUUGCUGCUGCUGAAGGCGCUGCAAACGGUGCGGGCGCGUUGGCAGGAGAGGAGGAAAGUCCUGCGGCAAAACCGCAGCGCGCGGCACCAGGCGCACUGCCGGCUGCAGGAGCUGACCAUCGACCUGCGCGACCGCAACUUCAUCGUCAUGCCCACCGUCUACGCGGCCAACAACUGCGAGGGGCCCUGCAAGCUGCCCCUCUCCACCCGCGUGCCCGGCUACCACUCGCACACCGUGCUGCUGCUGGGCAUGCAGGAGCGGGGCUCGCCGCUGCAGCGCGCUCCAUGCUGCGUGCCCGUCCGUUACUCGGACCAGCUCAUCAUCAGCGUCUCGGCCGACGGGUUGGAGGUGCGCAAGUUCCCCAACAUGGUGGCGGAGGAGUGCGGCUGUCGGUAGAGGUUCCCACCUGCAGCCCUCGUGCGGUGCUCCUGGCUGGGAUGGGAGCAUCCCUCCGAGCGCCUCUUCCUCCCGGUUUGCCUCCUAGUGUUGCUCUGGUUCUGUUUUUGUUCUGUGGGGUUGUGCUGCCCUACAGUGACCCAUGGCUGCGCCCAUCCCUGAGCCCUUGGGGGCAAAACCCCCGGUUCCACUCUGCUGUUCCAUGGGUCCCGUCCCCACACUUGGCCAUGGCAAUGGCUGCGGUGCUGGGCUUGCUGCUGGGUGCUGCUGUGCUGCUCCCCGCUGUCACCGCUCCCCAGAGCACGGCAGAUCCCAUGACAUGUCUUAACAUUAAUAGUGUUAAUGACAUCAGCACACAGAGCCCGGCUGCCCUGUGCCAGCUCCCAGCUGAGCUCCAUGGAACCCCACCACCAGGCUGAGCCCCUGUGACAGGGGCACAGCCCCCCACCCCCUCCGUCUUUGCUCUGCGUUCUCUCUUCACAACACACAAACGUAUCCAGAAACAUGGUAUAUAUAUACAUAUAUUUUAAGACAUUUAAUACCUUCUUAAAAAUGAACAUCGGUUUGUUUUAACCACUACUGCUUUAGCGAAUACUCAAACCCGCUGCAGUUGGAGUCUCCUGCAGUUGCUGCAGCACUGUGUGGUGAUGCUCGUGUGCUUUCUCCCUAAAAGCAGCUCUGCGGGGCAGGACCUGAGCUCUGGUUCUGAAGCUUUGGGCCUCCUGCACUGGGGCCACGUGUCCACGCUCCAAGGGCAGCCUGGCUUCCUUCACCCAGAAUGCACUUCUCUCUUUGAUUUGUUUUUUCAAUAAAAUCAUUCACUGAAUUAAAGAGCUA